AUGAAUAACAACGGUGACAGAAUUGCCAGAAGGCCCAUUGAAGCCAUACUGGUGCAGCGUGAAAUCGACGAAGUGAUCGGCCGAGAGCGGCAACCCGCGUGGGAAGACCGACUCCGUAUGCCUUUCACCAUGGCUUGCAUAUGGGAGAUGGAUCGUUGGAAGACAAGCACACCGCUAGGCGUACCAAGGGAAGCCUCUGCAGACACUAUCGUCGAUGAAUUCUUCAUUCCUAAAGGCACUGUGAUCACGGCAAACUUCUGGGCUGCACACUACGACCCAAAGUUCUGGAACGACCCUGAGAAGUUCGACCCGACUCGUUUCUUGAACGAGGACCGAACCCUUAUGGCACGCAAGCCAGAAUUCCUCAUUCCAUUUUCCUACGGAAAACGCAGCUGCCCCGGUGAAGCCUUGGCAUCUGUAGAAGUAUUCCUUGGUGUAACGUCACUUCUUCAAAGAUUCCGUGUCCUACCAGUUGGCGAGGUCUCAUUCGACAUUAACUGCCCUUCCAUAAUUGCUAGUCACGUGCAGCACCUCAAGCUGCGAUUCAUAGACCGCGACCAAAACCUAUAAAUGAUCAAAAUCACCACGUUCCUUCACGACCAUUUUGUGGGAAGUGCUAA